AUGUCAAUUGGUGAAGUCUCGGACUCUGCGGGCCAUCUUGCAUCUCUCGUUCUCCCGAUAGAAGUCGCUCCGAUCGCCCCAUUAAUACCAGAACCCCCGGCGACCGCUGAACACAUAUUCACCCUCCGACAUGUCUACCAUCACGGCACCCAUAAACACCCAAGCCUCCAUCGAAAACACGACGUUACCCCGUCGAAUGCGGACGUGUGGCUGGCGGCCGAGGACGGUUACGAGGCCGAGCGCAUCGGGCCCCUACGAGCUCGAAGCAAUGCGCUCCGGAUACAGCGGCUGGUGGAUCGGAGGCCGAGCGUCGUAGACCCCAUGGUGGCGCAGUCACGGCAGCAAGGGUUCGUUUCGGUGCUCUCGCCAUCGGCAUGGACGGUCGAUGAUGUUGCCGGGCCCGACGUCACCGACAAGGGCACCGUCCUGACCAUGGCCCUGAUGGCGGCCAACGCCUACGUGGAAGGGCCGGGAAAAGCGGAUUGGCAAGACGUCGGCGCUCCGUUCAACCGGAGCCUCGACUUUGGCUGGGAGGGCGAUGGGCUGCGCGGCCACGUGUUUGCCGACGAGAACAACUCGACGAUCGUCAUCGGGCUGAAGGGGACCUCGCCUGCUGUCUUCGACGGAGAUGGCACUACGACCAACGACAAGGUUAACGAUAACCUCUUCUUCAGUUGCUGCUGCGCUCAACAGGGACCGUGGACCUGGCAUCAAGUCUGCGACUGCGCAACCGGCACAUAUACGUGUAACAACACGUGCGUCACACAGGCCCUCCGUGAGGAAAACCGCUAUUACCAGGCGGCGCGCGAACUCUACGCCAAUGUCACCGAGGUCUAUCCCGACUCGCAUGUCUGGAUCGCCGGCCAUUCGCUGGGCGGAGCUGUCAGCUCGUUUCUCGGCCUCACGUAUGGCGUGCCGGUGGUGACCUUCCAAGCGGUGCCCGAUGCCCUUCCCGCAGGGCGGUUGGGGCUACCCGUGCCUCCAGGCGCCGAUCCGAAUGCGCCCCAGAGUAGGGACUACACGGGCGCCUUUCACUUUGGACACACAGCCGACCCCAUCUACAUGGGGUCCUGCAACGGAGCGACAGCGUCGUGCUCGUUUGCUGGUUACGCGCUGGAAUCGGCCUGCCAUACAGGCCACGAGUGCGUUUACGACACCGUGGGCGACAAGGGAUGGCGCGUCGGUAUCGGGACGCACAAGAUCGUAGCGGUGAUUCGGGACGUCAUCCUGAAGUACGAUACGGUCCCAGAGUGCAAGUUCACGCCCGAGUGCAGGGACUGUGGCAACUGGAAGAUGUACGAAAGCAACGGGACUGAGACCACGACGACCUCGAGCGCCCCGACAACGACGUCCAUAUCUCGCACCCGCACUGAGACUUGCAAAACGCCACAUCUGAAAUCACAACAACAACGACAACGGCCACGACCACGUCCACUACAUGCCUUACCCCAAUGGGAGGGUGGUAACCCCGACAGCCCCGAGCGCAACGAAGAGAUGUAA